AUGGGAUGCAGGUGCAAUCCUAUAGGCUUCAAGAUUGGGCUGGAGUUGAUGGUACGUUGUAAGGCGAGUCCAGUCGUAGAUGUUCCAAUAACAUUUCAAGAGAGAACUUCUGGUGAAUCUAAGCUCACUAUGAAGCAGAAUGAGGCUGCUGAGGUGCUGUGGCGCAAGAAACUCCGGGAUCGACUUAGAGGGGCUCGGAAGGGAACGGAUGGUGUUGAGGUGACCAGGCAGGCACUCAAUUCUCGGGAUAAGAGUAUUACGAAAAUCGCCAAGUUGCUGAAUCGACUUCGUAGACUGUCUGGCGAGUCUUCUUCCGAUGGGACCAUCUCCGAGAUGAAGAAACUUAAUUGCACUAUGUACUCCAGUGAGUUGGCAUCAGCGUUGUCGGAUGGUACCUCGUCAAUGAAGGUUAAGGACGUCCAUAAAACAGUGGAGAUCGUUGUGGAGUUGGUAUGCACCUACGGUGUGGAUAUGGGUCGUCAUAUUAUAGCAGAGUUUGUUAAGCAGUUCGAGGCAUCUAUUGGAGAGCUCUCUCGUCGUAGAGUCCUCUCUAGGAUAGUCACUGAGAUGGUUCUAACGCAGUGUUUGGGUGAUAAUAGUGCGGAAGGUUCAGAGAUGUUACAGACUGUGGUGAAGGGGAUGUUGGUUGGCUCCAAGGGACAAUCGACACAAACCCAAGUCCUACUUCAAGACGUUACUGCCCUGCAUAGUUGGCUGAAUAAGUAUCAUUUGUGUGCACUCGGGCGACCUGGAGAGGCUCAUAGAGCUCUGCUGAAGGAGGCAGGCGUAGAAGAGCCCGACUAUUCAGAAUGCCUCUUGGAUUCUACGACGAGUGAUUCUAUUGUGAAGGCAAUUGUGAAAUUUUACACCAACUUUGCGGUCCCUCAGCUGUACCCAGUGGCUCAUGAACAGAUGCUCGCACAGGAGCAGUUUAACACACGUUUGAGGGUGGACAGGGGAACAGUGGAUGCAGAGAAUGCGAGCAAAUAUUCAUCUCUUGCGACAGCCUUUGAAAAGCUCUCAACUCACUUGAAGUCAAUCGCGGAGAUUCUCGAUUUGCCGCCACCUAAGCUGCCGGGGGAAGAGACCGAGUCUAAGACACGACUGACGGGCCCUACUCAAGAGAGUAGUAAGAAGGACGAGGGUGGGCUCAGCGAACAGGAGCGUAUGUUGCAGCUUUUAUGGGUUGACGACUCAGACAGAUCUUUCUAUGAGGAUCUGUACGACUUGGAGUCCCGUCUGCCCCCAGUGCUGUUACGAAGUGUUCCUAAGGCCGAAGUGGACUCAGAAGUUGCUAAAGGAGCGACCACUGCAGCUAGUGCGGCCUUCGAUGUGUGGCUGAAUAACCUGCGCACCUGUGAGAGAAGGGAUACUGCUGAUGAGCUCAGUCAGAAGUGGUUUGAGGAAGGUCUCAACACUAAACAGAAUAGGAGGAAGCUGGCGCGUUUUAUACUCAAUCCGAAGGAUAAGGCACGCGGAACAGUACCUCCAGAAUGGCUGCGUGUGGUGGCUAACAUCGCUCCGUGGGCUAAGGACCUCGUGGAUGCGCUCUCAUCGCAAGCUCUGAAGAGACUUGAUGAGGCUCUCGGUAAGAAUGAGAUGGAUAAGGUUGGGGAACAGAUGGUCUGCCUGAGGCUCCUGGCCCAGAUGUGCAAGUUCAGGCUGGUCCCACCUGGUGUAGUGAUGGACUUCUUUAAGCGCCUUAUGGACGGCGGCCAUUUGGCUAACGACCAUUGGGCUGAGAUGGCGAGUCAAUUAUGUCUCUCGUGUGGGAGGUAUCUCCUAUAUAAACCGGACACAGCCACGCGAAUGGAUAACUUAGUUGAGCGAAUGUGGAAGUUGAAAAAUAGCGCGACUCAAGCUCUAACAGCGAGCGCUGACGUUUCCCUAGAGGACGCAUAUUUUUAUAUGAAGCCUCGGAAAACUAAGUUUGGUGUAAAAGGCGGGGACCAGGACCGACCUAUCAUGGAACGGUUGAUACGAAAGUUAAUUUUCCAAGAUAUUUACAUUCUGGACGAGGAAGAAGGACUGCGAUUAGCUCGGAAGUUGCCUUGGGAACAUCAUGUUAGUGAUGAAGAUGGUAAAGUGAAGAUUGGUGAUAGAUGUAAUGAGGAGGAUAGCGAGGUGUAUAAGUGGAUGAAAGACUGCGUACUUGAUCUCAACGUCCAUGCCAACUACGACUGCAUGUAUUCCCUUGCCUCACUUCUAUCCGGUCUGGCACGCUUCCGUCCCCGAUUCGUCAUUGAAGUAGUUGAUGAGCUGAUGGAAAAUAUUCAAAUUGGAUGCGAACGUGAAGAUCCUCGAGAAUCUUCGAGUAGGGUACGACAAAUCAAGCUAGUUGGAGAGCUCUACAUCUACUGUGUCCUGGACUCGGCGACUAUCUUCGACCUGUUCUCGAAGCCCUUGCUCCUGCCGGGAGUCUAUCGUGACCCGUCCAAUAUCGACGAGCCGCCCUAUUCAUUUUUCCGAGCCACUCUUGUUUGCAAUCUCCUGAGUACCUGCGGGCCGUACUUCUAUAAGUCUUCCAGGCUGAGGGAGAGACUUCAACGCUUCAUGCUUUUCUUCAGAAGGUAUUUGUUGGCAAGGUCUGCCUCGGCUGGGAUGGAGCUGCCAAGAAGGAUUGAGAACAUGUACUUGGAUACACUUGAUGCAAUACACCCAACUUCAUCGCACAAAUCGCGCCGAGAUAGAAGGCGUCGACGGAAGGGAAAUGAGGAGGAAGAGGAGCCGUCGGUACUCAAUGGGAAAGUGUCCUCUCUGACUGACGUGGAUAAGGAGCUCCAUAAGCUGCUCGUUACGGAGGGUGAGGCUCUGCGGGAAGGAAAGCAAAUUGAUGAUAGAGGCAAUGACGAUGAGGAGGGGGAAGAGGAGGAGGAAGAAGAAGGGGAGGACGACGAUGCAUAUGGAUCGAGUUCACAGAGGGAUGGUAUGGCAAGUGAUAGCUUUGAAGAGGAGGAUGAUGACGAUGACGAUGAGGAUGAAAAACUGAGGGAGAAGGAGCUGAUGGAUGAGGAGUUCGACAGGGGCUUCAAAGAACUCCUAUCGGAAUCAGUGGCAUACGGUCGAUCUCAACGCCAACAGCAGGCCCCGCUGCGCAGUUUGCAGGACGACCGACUACGGCAGGCUCUGUCGACAGUACGGGUGGCUGAGCUGUCCAAAAAGAGUGGAUCUCAAUCGCCACCUAGCGAGGCAUCGAGACCAGCAGGCAUGAUGAAGUUCGUAAUGCGCACUAACAAGAAGGGUGUGUCGACUGCCGGAAGUGGGGUCAUUGGCCUAGCAGUACCGUUAUCAUCGAGAUUGCUACGAGGCCAGGCUGAGUACGAAGAGCAUCGACAGAAGAAGGAGCAGGAGCGGGCUACCAUUAAGGAGCUCACCAUCCAGCACAUCGACGUGAUGGAGCAGUCGGGCUCCCAAGAGGAAUCGUCCACUCCUCCUGCUGUUCAUUACAAUUUCGAGCGUCGUCGUCGGUCUCGAGGAUCCACAAGGCCCCAACGCCCUGGUCGGCUAGACGAUUUCAUCGGGCAGGGCUACCUCCCGGAGCCAGACCGACAGCGUCCCGUUAGACCAACUGCACCACAGUCAAGUCCUGGGACGGGCGCGUUCCCAAUGCAUCCUGGGCUCCCAGCGCACUCUAGCUGA